GUUUUGGUAACGGACCUCUUAGUUCUUUCCGAUCCUUCUAUGUGACAAUAGCAGCAUUCAAUAAAGUCGGAUUGUCAACAACAGCAUUCUCUGAUGAGAUCAAGGUUGAUAGUUCUCCACCAAUCCCAGGGCUUGUUAUAGAACUUUCUGACGUUAGCGUUUUAUCACAUAAUGGAUCUGAGGAUUCAAUUAGUAUGUCUGCACUAUAUAUUUGUGAUGAUGAGAAUGACGAUGAAGAUUGUCAGAGACAAGACGCUGUAUGUCAGACAUCGCUCACUUCGGUUGCAGUUGCUUGGCAACCAUUUAUUGAACCAGAGUCAUACAUUACAAGUUAUGAAAUUGCCAUAGGAAGUGAGAUGGGAAAAGCAGAUAUCUCAAAUUUUCAAUUGGUCUCGCCAUAUAUAACUCACUAUGAAAUCACUGGCUUAGACCUAAGUGAAGUUCGACAGGUCUUCGUAAUGCUUAAGGGAACAAAUGCUGCUGAACUGUCUGCCGUUGCUAUGUCAAAUGGGGUCUUCAUAAGUCGCGUUUCUAGUGGACUUGAGCCUCUCGGAAACCCGAUAGUUAAUGACGGAAAUUCAACAGCUGAAGACAU